UGCUACCUGGCGAGCGCAUAUGGCAGCGCGGAACGGGGAUCGUACGAUCGGGUGACGCAACGCAACGCCUUCGGGCUUUUGCCUGAUCAUUCAACUCCCGCUCUUCCAGCACUUUACGACUCGUUCAUGAUGACUGUCUAGUCGCCGGUUCUUUUCUCUGCGCUCGCACAUUCGCCCUGGUGUCUGCGCUGCAGUCCUUGCCUUCUUUUUCAAAACCUCAAUGAACAAAACAAUGAGGCUGGUCCUCGCCGUAAGUGGCAAGUUGUGCAGACAAUGGCAGCUACCUUCCUGCAGCUUCUCCACCUCGAGGUUGUGUCCGCAGAUGGAGGCUGUGGCAACUCAGGUACUGACACCUGUACCAGCUGUAAAGGAAAAGAAAGGAACCAAAGUAGUAGAACACGACACAGAAUGGCCGUACCAAGAUCACACUGUCACCAUCCAAACGUGUGCUGACCUAUAUAAGGAUUGGCGUCGGUGGAAGCCGGGGUAUCAAAACGCACCUUCUCAAGGCAUUGAAGUGGAAGUACCCUAUCUCAACACUGGCUUCGAUAGACACGGCACAAAGUGGCGCGACCAACCUACAGUACUGUUGCUUCAUGGCGCUCCUGGAAGCUACAGAGAUUUUCCGGAGCUCAUCCCAUACCUGGACAAGCAUGGAGCGAACAUUAUUUCUCCACGAUGGCCCGACUUGCAGCUGAGCUACAGGACUGGUACCUUCUGGCACUCGGCGGAAGAGAAAACUCACCUUCUCAAGGACUUCCUCAAGGCCAUCAAGGUGGACAAGAUUGAUCUGGUGAUAGCACAUAGUAGUGCCAUAUAUCCGAGUCUCAAUCUCUUAACGAAAGAGGACAUGCCAAAUGCAAAGGCACUCGCUCUCCUAGCACCCGCUGGACAUCAAACUGUCAGAGCCAUCAAGCCUCUUCCCCUCAUGCGGGCAUUUGCCAUCCACUACACCAAUCCCAAAUACCAGAACUUCAUGCGUCGCCUGGGUGUGGGCAUCAUGAAGUUCACGCGCAGUCCUAUCAAGCCCAACAUGGAGGACGCCAUCAUGUCACUGCAAACCAUGAUAUUCUCUGAUUACGAACAAGCUGGAGACAAAAUUAAACAAAUUGCGGACAGCAAACUUCCCAUGCUGAUAGCAUUCAGCGAAAGUGAUAGGGCCAUCAAUCCGUACAUAAUCUCCAACAUGGUCAGACACAUUGGAACUCCCGACAAGGACCUUUGGCUCUACGACGGAGACGGGAACUUGGUUCGAGAAGGAGCCAAGGAAGACUCAAAGAAGGUGCUUCUUUUCAAAAAGGGAGGUCAUUACCUCUUCAAGAGGCAUCCUGAGGUGAUUAACCCUGCGAUAUUGCAACUGCUCCACAAGGUUUCUCCACCCAACCUUUGAAACCAGAAGAUACUCGUGUAACGGAGACCAUCACAGUGCUCAUUCCAUGACAAGGCAGAUUAGCCCUUCUCGUUGUGUGGCGGUUUUUGCUCCAAUUGAGAUUUUGCCCACGGGUCAGGCUUCAAUUGCCGACAGCCAGUCCCUAAGGGCACACAAAUAAGUCACGCAAUACUCAGACUGCUUUACAUUAGGUUGCCACCAUGUUAAAAAUACUCCAGAAUCUCAGCGGUCCACUAAGAUACAAAACUGAGUUUUUGCAUUACAUGACAUUUACUCUGUUCCAACGAUUAUCCCAAAUCAGACAUGGCAGCACCUGACAGAGAUCGUAUUUGCUGGAGUUUUUCUUUUCUUUUUUUACAAAUAUUUAUUUUAUCACAUCUGCACUUUCGAUUGUGCAGUACAUUCUUGCUCAUUUUGAGCCACUCUCAGCAGCUUUAUAAGCUUUUGUUAGUUACAUAUACUAUUUACAUUUGCAAGUGCAUAAAUGGGUGUUGCAUAUACCUACCUGAGGUCUAAGAUUCAGGAAUAUAUCUGACAAAGAACUAUAUAAGUGUCACAGAGUGGUAGGGAGGCUUUUUUUUUAAACCUUGCAUCUUUUUAACCUCUAUAAUUGAGUGUUAUUAUUGUACUCAUCCUCUGGAAGGCUGGACCUUCCUUGAGAGUACUCAGGUGGAGUGGUAUUCCUGAGUGCUUCACUUUGUAAGCAACAAAAAAGAAUGUUUGUAUGAAAAUAUAAUGCUUACCCCUAUCUUA